UUUAGAGUAGAAGAAGAAUACUUGGCAGCUGCUGUACUGCACAUUACACCACCAUGUCCUUGUAGUUGUAUCCUGUGUUUACACGUCUGUGUCUUUCUGCCUGCCUGUGUUUGGUGUUUGGAGACACAUCGAAUAAACCGCUUCAUCGGAUCAUCUUGUGUCUUAACAACAGUGGGAUUCCUUAUUACAAGAAGUCAUGUUUCGAAGAAGACUUCCCUUCACACAGAUUGCCUUUGCAACACUGCUUGGAGUCGUUGGUGGUAUUUAUAUCUACAGACCUGUUUUUGAGCCUCAGCUGAACACGUCUGAACAAAACCAGGAUGUGCCAAAGAAACAGAAUGAAUCAGACUGACAUAGUUCAUCACUCCCAGGAAACACGUCGCAGACGGAAGCCAGGCGAACUACGACAGAGGCUGCUGGACUGUCACAGCUGGGGGCUGAUGUAAACACAAGACCAGCAUGGAUACUUUCAGGCCUUUUGUGUUCUUUGUGUGAUUAUUAAUGUACAAAAUAAAGUAUUUAACAGUUUGA